GGUCAGUGACUCACGCUUCUUUGACGUUUAAUUUAUUUUAUUUUCAAAUAAUUCAGUAUUACACACGUAUAAAUAAGUGAAAAGUAUUAUAAUUGUGUUAAUUUUAUUAUGUUUCUUUUAUGAUAUAAUAUAAGAACAGGAAGUGAUCGAAGUGCGUGUUUAGUUGCCGUAAAGAACAAAACAAAGGGUUACGAUGGCCGAAAAGAAAAUACAAGAGAAUCCCUUACCGGAGGCAACAGUCCAGGAUCUACCUGCAGAGACAGCAGACAAACCUAAAGACACAUUACCUAAAGCCGUUCCGGACAAAACUACCACCACAGUACCACUACCAGCAGUCCCGCCACCAGUGGUGACACCACGUCUGUCCGUGCCAGGGUUUACGAAGGCCUCACCCAAUGACUUGUACCGACGGCUGCUGCCCGCAAUGCUGUUUGUGCUGACAUUUGUCACUGUCAUGACGAUGCUGCUCAUUUAUAUGGAUACUGUUGCCCUGGGCGCUCAAAAGUUCCGCGCGAACAUGUCCCGCGACUACGAGCUGGCCAGCAUCGCGCAGGGCUCGGCGGCGCUGGUGGCCUUCGUGCAGCAGCUGCACCUCGCGCCGCGCCACCGGGCGCUGCCGCCGCACCCGCCGCCGCAGCCCACGCCGCAGGUGCGGGUGCUCGACCAACUGUAUGGGGAGAUUUACAACGGCACGCUAGUAGAGUUCGUCCCCCGCGGGCCUGUGUCCGGUACUGCGGCGUACCUGCUGUCGGCGCGCGGCUGGGACGGCGUGGUGGUGCGGGCGGCGGCGCGAGACUACCUGGCGCUGCGGGGGCCUGCUAGAGCCCUGCAUGCGUGCCUCAGCCCCACGGAGCAUCCGAGAGAGGUGACAUACCAAGAGACAGAGUCCCAGGAGAGCGUGUUCAGCUCGCGCGUGCUGUGCCUGCCGCUGCUGACGGUGCUGCUGGCGGGCGACGCGGCGCGGGCGCGGCUGCUGCUGCUGGGCGGGAGCAGUGCGCUGCCCGCGCUCGCGCACCUGCCCUUCGAUGACGACAGGGUGCACUUGCCGAUGAUAGAGGUACAAUUCAGCAACGAUACCAUCCGCAAUAAGACUACGAACUUCCUCCUCACAAAGAACUACACAGUAGCCGCGUCGUUCGACACGAGCGUCAUGUAUGCACUCAAUAAAGACGUGUGAUCGCUGCGAGAGACGGAACGCAACUGACAGUUUCGCAAGCAAUAAGGUAGGUGGCGCUAGUGGGACAGAGAAUUUUUAAUUGUAGGUAUGUAUUAUUUUUUUGGUGAUUUCGAAUGCUGUAAUGUAGUUUUUGGAAAGAAAUCAUAAAUGAAGAUAAAUUUAGUUUUUUUUUUUUAUAUCUGUCAUGGGUGUUUUCGGUAUGUAUCAUUUUUAAAAUCAAAAAUGUUAACAAAACUGUUUGAAUUUUAAUAAAACUUCAACAUCAAAAUCAUGAUGUUUGCUUUGGUUUUUUUGUGAUACACGUUUAGUUUUCGUUGUAUUCAAGUUUAUUUGAUCAAAAGUUAAUAAUAAAUUACUUGUUACGUUUCUAAUUGUAUCACACUUGCGUCCCACUAGCGCCAUUUAUACGAACAAAUAGAGAGCACAAAAUAACAAACAAAAAAAAAUAUCCUAAUUAUAAUAAUGAUUUACUAUUAAUUUUAACGAUUCUCAGUGAAAUCCGAAACUUUCAAUUUUAAUAUAAUAUGUGAUUUAAAUUAGUUAUAAUUUUAAGUGAUUUUAAUACAGUUAAAUUAUUAAUUUUAAUUAAUUAUUAAUCGACCUGAUUGAUUUAUUAAGGACUACGAAAUAUAGGAUAGCCCCUGGCCAUAUAAAUGCGUGUAGCAUUAUUUCCUAAACGUUAUGUGGUCGAAAUAUUUCUUAAUUCAUUGAAAAGCCUAAGUUCAGUAUUUUCUAGUGUUGUAACAACUACAAUAUCGAUUGAUUUGAAAAUUAAAUCAUGCAUUUCUUUUGUCAGUAUACUAUAGUUACUCUAAAGUCAGUUUAUCUAGUUCUAAAUAACAUUUACAGUGAAAGUGCCUUAAAAAGUGUUUAUUUCCAGCUUUUAUUUAUCAUUGAGCAACUUUUAUCUGCACUGUUUAACACACGAUAGAAUAUUGCUAGAUGCUAAUUUGCCUUGAAGUGAAGGAAAAACUGUAUUUUUGAUGCAAGUUGAAAAUGAACUUUAGUGUAAGCAAAGUUGUUUGUCCAAUAGAAAGUUAAUUAAUCCUAUUUUUAUAGGUUACUUCAUAUAAGUAUGAGUUCUCUCUAAAUGCGCAUAUUUUUUGACAUUACAGUAAUUAGAAUGUCUAGUUUUUAUUUUUGUACGUUUUUUUUACAUUUCAACUUGUGUCAGUUGUCUGCUGAGAGCGGUUGUCGAACGACAAUAAUAAAGACUUGUAAAUGAAAGUUAAGUCUAAACUUUUCUGUUACUGAAAUUAUUAUAUUUCUACAAAAUCUUCUUACAUCCCUACUAAUAUGAUAAAUGUGAAAGUAACUCUGUCUGUCUGUCUGUUACGCUUUCAUCUAAACCACUGAACUGAUUUUAAUAAAGCUUGGUACAGAGAUAGAGUUGACCUUGAGACAGAGAAUUAUAUCUUAUCUAUAAGUAUCUUAACUACAAAUAAAAAUUAGACACUCGUAUAACAAUGGAGGUACCUAAAAAUGUAUGUAAAAAUUCUGUAGAAAUUGAUACUCAGUAACAGAAUAUAGUUACGAAGAUUGUGCCGUAUGGUUGUAAAAGAUGGUAGCUUAGUACUGUAACGUACGAACCGCGCACCACACGCGAUUUAGAUAGAAUAAUCAAUUGCCUCGCUUUGACUUGUUUAUCGAUAUCGAUAUUUUUUGUACCGACAUCUCUAAGACCGAUUACAAUGUUUUAUGAAGCUGAUUUCACGUUAAAAUAAUUGUAUUUUAAAUCUGUAGCUUUGUGUAAAACACAGUGAAAUAAUGCAGUUUUAUUUCCUUAAAGUAGAAUCAUAUUUGAGUAUCGAUAAAUAAAUCAAAGUGAUAAACGUUUUUACUCACAAUUUCUGAGCGUUAGAAUAUUUUCACUGCCAUUUUACAUCAGUUGUAUUAUUUUCAAUUAUCUGUUUUGUAUCGUAAAAUUCCAUCCAGUUUUAUUUUAUUACAUGUAAUGUUAAUUAUUUUAAUUGUAGUAAUGAAUGAUUAAUGAACAAUAUAGAUAUUAUUUGUCUCGAAUAUUUUGAUCUGAUUUUAUUGUAAUUUUAAAUUAAACUGUACCAUUAAAUGUUGGUAAUUCAUUGCAAAAGUAUUAAAUUAGUAAUUAUUACGAGAAUGGUUUCUCAAUGACGUCCUAUUAUUAUUCUUAUUAAUGAGUAGUAAUUUAUACCUGUAUGAUGUUCAGUAUGAAACAACAUCGUGGUACAGUUAAUACAUUUUAUAUUUAUUUUUGUAAUCGACAUGGUUGUAUCGUAUUUUUUUAAUUAUUGUAAUUGAACGGCAAUGAUUGUUGAGUCAUUCCAUUUGUUUCUAUUUAAAUUCCAUUUUUUAAUUUUAAUUAUUAAUAAGACUGAAUAAUAUCGAAUAUUUUUUUUUUAAAUCUCAAUGAAAAUGCUAAAUAUUUAUUUUCUCAGUGAUUGCAGUAUUGUUGUGACGCUUCAAUGAAAUAUUUCAUUAAUUGUAUUUAAUUUUAGCGUAUAUAGUUAAUUUUAAGUAUAUUUUUGUUUAGGCUUAGUUUAAAUGCGCUCAAUUUUUCACGAAUAAAAUUUAAUGGCUUUAAUUA